AUGUGGCGGGACCGUACAAACCUCUACAUUUCCUACCGGCAAUCCUACAGCCACCAUCCGGCGAAGCGUCCACGGUUCAUCGACACACCCUCGACCUUCGGCGACGAUGACCGGCGCGGGCUGCUCUCGCCGUCGUCGCGGCACUCCGACGACGCAAUAAUCGAAAUGGACCUUCUCCCGCCGCGGUGGGCCGACGUCACCGACGAAGUCAACGAGCUGCUGACGGGAAUCGCGCGCAAAUCUACGCUGCUCGAGCGCCUCCACAACAAGCACGUCCUCCCCGGCUUCGAUGAUUCGUGCCGCGAUGAAGGCGAGAUCGAACGCCUGACUGCAGAGAUCACCGGUGAUUUCCAUGCCUGCCAGAGGAAGAUUUCGAGUGUCAAGGCUAUGCUGCAAGGCGCGACCAGUGCUGAGGACGUCAUGGGCAGGAAUCUACAGAUGUCCCUCGCUGCUAGGGUCCAGGAGAGCUCGACGCUGUUUAGGAAAAAGCAGAGUGCUUAUCUUCGGAAACUCCGUGGGAUCUCGACGAUGACCGAGCGCUCCAGCAGUCCCGGCCUCUACAAUCCAGCAAUGGAAGAUCCCGCGGCCGACGUAUCGUACUCGCAGUCGGCACUGCAGCGCAGCGCACAAUUGACAUCCAACGAUGCGGCGAUAAUGCAGCGGGAGCGGGAGAUCACCGACAUUGCGAAGGGGAUCAUCGAGCUGGCGGACAUAUUCAAGGAGCUUCAGAGCAUGGUUAUCGAUCAGGGGACUAUGCUCGAUCGCAUCGACUACAAUGUCGAGAUGCUGAAUGUCAACGUCAAGGAGGCGGAUAAGGAGAUGACUGUGGCAAGCGGCUACCAACGCAAAACGACAAAACGAAAAAUCAUGUUCCUCCUGUUCCUGAUCAUCCUCGGCCUAGUCAUCCUCCUGGUCAUCAAGCCGAAGAAGUCUUCACCGCCUGCCGCGCCAGCGCCAGCUCCUGUGGCGCCACAGAAGGAUCUGCCCCUGGUAUAUAUACGCGGCAGGAAAGCUGUGUGGUGA